GGAGCUCUGCCGCCCUACUUUUCCUUCAGUACUUGCUUCACCCCUUCCUUUCUUUUUCUAUUCUUAUUUUCUUCUUCCUUACGUGCUAAAAGCUCAUCAGCGCUUUGUGCGAUCUAUUCCCUCCUUUUUGUUUUAUAUAUUUAUCUUGGCCAAUCGUAACAUUCCUCUGUCGAUUGAAAGAAAAGAAAAAGCCCAAGCCCGAAUCAGCUCUCGUUUCUCCAAUUCAACAACGACAACAAAACACUUCACACCCUUUGAUGACUUGACGAUCCUACUCGAUCGGGAUAUCCUCAUCUCCUGAAAUAAUAUAUAACUAUUUGAUAGCUACUCUUUACUCUUAUUUCAAACAUCCCACAGCCAUACACGACCUCCUUAUACGCCCGACUCUCUUACAUAAACUUCCAGGCACACACACAUACCAAACCACAUUUCAAUUUUCGAAUCGCAUUCCUUUUGCAUAAAUCGAUCGUCGACAAUGACACGACGUACCUGGCUACGACCGGCAUUCUCGACGAUACUACUACCAUUAAUACUUAUUAGCACGAUUACCACCGUGUUCGCAUCCUAUAUCCAACACCCCGCCAUUGAUCUCGAGCAGCUAGAACAAAUCGGCAUUGCAGGACCGUAUGGAGGCGUUUCACUAUACACGGAUACUCGACAAUUGACUCAAAUCCCACCAAACACCGCAUCCGCUUUAUCGUUCUCCAACAAUACGUUUGAAUUACUCGCCCAUUCAUCCGCAAACGGAUCGAUAUACACGGCAUGCACGCUCACAAACAGCAAUUACCUGUACAUCGGAGGCGAUUUCCUGCAAUUCGGUCCGACAAACGUCUCCAAUAUCGCUGCAAUUGAUUUGAACACAGGCACCGUAUCCGCGCUUGCGAACGGAAUUGAUGGACCUGUUUAUACCCUAUACUGCGACGAAUCAUCCAACAGUGUCUAUGCAGGCGGUCGAUUCAUGGCACCUGUGGCACCAGCUCCUCAGUACUCGGAAUCGUUGUCAUACUUUGGAGGCGGUGUGGCCGUCUGGAAAGAUGAUUUAUGGCAUGGUUUGCCGUGGAAAGGUUUUAAUGGACCUGUCAACGCCAUCGCUGAAAACGGAGCAACAGGCACAAUCUUGUUUGGCGGCCGGUUUGAUACUUCGGCGGACGGACAAAACUACUAUGCACCGUCAAGCCAGCCUGUCAGUCUUGCAUCACCAGCUGUGAUUUCCGCCCAAAAUUCUGGUACAGUCAACAGUGAUCCGCAAAGCAUCGUUUGUCCCGAAACGCUCGAUGAGGAUCCGUGGCUUGUGCUCGAUGAUACAGCAGGAUCUUGGCAGGCAGCUUUCCCAUACUCGAUUACACCUUCAUUGAUCCGCUUAUCAAAUACACAUCAGGAUGGGCGUGGUACCAAGAAUUUCUCAGUCAUAUCCAUCCCGAGCAACACGGCCUUCAACUUUUCGUACAUUGAUCCUAUCACGAGAAAGCGCUCACAAUGCUCAACUGAUUGUUCGCUAACUGAUGAUCCAUCGGUCGAGUACCAAGAUUUUCAAGUUCGCGAUACCACGCUGUCAUCCGGUAUUCGUAUUGAAAUAUCAUCGUGGUAUGGCUCUGGAGCUGGUUUGAGCUCUGUUGAGAUUUUUCAAUCUGAAAUCUUUGUCUAUGCGGUUGACGGUUUAAAUGGAAAGGCUUGUGCUACAUCAAUGGAUUAUACACAGCGCUCGUUGAUAUCAACAGAAGGAUCCUGGGCCUCCGAUCAAGUAUCCGGAUCCUAUGUGCAUUUGUUAUCCUCGUCCUUUUCAGCAUCCCAAUCUUCGAGUGUUUCUGCUACCUUCAAACCGUAUCUGCCUGAAUCAGGUCGAUACGAAGUGUAUCUAUAUGCGCCAGCUUGCUCGAGUGGUUGUGCCCAGCGAUCGCAAAUUGAUGUCACGACCUAUCCGACUUCAGAAGGAUCCUCCGUCAAGAAAUACGUCGAUUUGAGUACAGCAGAUGGUCAAUCCAUCUUGGUAUAUACGGGCGGUAUUGAGGCAACAACUACAGAAUUCCAGCCUUAUGUAACAGUAACAGUGGCUAGCAACGCUACAACGCCUGCGAGCGGAAAUUCCUCCAUCUCGCUUCAAGCUGUUCAGUUUAUCAAACAGGCAUCCAAUACGACGCUGGCAAGUGUGCUUGAAUUUAAAUACGAUGCUACUGAGCAAAAAAUUGCCAAUACCACAUUGGGCGGAUCAUACAGUUCUCUUGCUGAUAAUAUUCCUUAUGCAUCAACGGUGAAUGCAUUGGAGGCUUCGGACGGCAACGUAUACAUUGGCGGUAGCUUUUCAUCCGCAUCUGGAGCAAAUACAACAUAUCACAACAUUGUUCGUUACGACUCAUCUACCGAAAGGUUGGCAGCAUUGCAAGGAACCGGCCUUAAUGGAGAGAUCUCAGCGUUUCUGCGAAAAGAUGCAGAUCUAUACGUUGGUGGGUCCUUCACUGGACUGGCAGCUACUGGUGACACAUCGCGUUUAAACAACAUCGUACGCUACAGUAUCAAUAGUGAUAAAUGGAUUUCGUUGGGUGGAGGUGUCAAUGGACCUGUUAGCGCCAUUCACUUGUCAGGCGACUCGCAAAAUGUGAUUGUAUCAGGCACGCACUCUGUCGCUUUAAACCAAGCAGAAGCCACCAGUGGAAACGCAACAGCAGGCAAUGCCUGGUGGAGUCUCGGUAACAACAGCUGGACGCUCGACGCACCUUUUAUCUCUGGUCGCGUCAGCAAAGCUUUACAAAUCACCAACGGCACAGAACAAAGCACGGUCUUUGUCGGCGAUGUCAAAGCAGCUCAACGAGAUCAAGCACGUGGCUUCUCGUUCAUGAACGAAAACACCGACUUGUCACCUUUCCCAGUCUAUCCCGCGGUCAGCAAUAGCACACCAUAUUCCAUUACUGCAGGCACGUUCUGGAGCGACGAGCAGCAUGGGAACACUUCGGCUACAAUUAUCGGCGGUCAGUUCGAAAUUGAUAACGAGAUACAAAAUGUUGCGAUCUACGAAAACGAAUCGUGGUCGAGUAUCGGUGCUUCUUGGGAAGGUUCCAUUACUAUGAUGGCCGUAAACAGAGGCUAUCUAUAUAUUGGUGGACACAUGAAUCAGACGCACAAUAACACGCAAACUGGUUUGGUGGUGUAUGAUCUAGUCAACAGAACAUUCAUCCCAGUUCCAGAAUUACACACACACGAUAGCUCUCCGUCCCAUGUUCAUAAAGUUGGUCACGGCUCAACAGAUGGGAACAUGAUCAUUGCUGGCAACUUUAGCAGCGCUGGAUCACUGUCCUGUUCAGGUAUCUGCGUGCUUGAUACCGCUAACCAUCAAUGGAAUUACUUGGGCGACAGGAGUCUUGCCGGUGAAGCAUUAGAUUUCACUUAUACUGGAAGCAAGCUGAUUGUUGCUGGUAACCUGCAACUUUCUGGUGCAGCCGUCCCGAUUGCGGAAUAUAAUUAUGACAACAACCAAUGGAGUACUUUUGCAUCCAGUUUGAGUGACGAUGGUUUGCCCGGUAACUCCACGGCAGUUUCUUAUGAUGGUCAAUCAAAAAAGACGUUUAUUGCUGGCCAAGUCGAAACAGGUGCAUAUCUUCGGGUUUGGGACGGCCAACAGUUCACAGUUCCAGAUGGGGAACUCGGUCCUGAAAGCAUUAUCCGUCAGCUCGCCGUGCUGCCGUUGAAAGAAUCGGGGGGAUCAAACCUUAUGGGAAACGAUAAGGCAGUAUUGUUGGCGACAGGUUUCCUCAACUUGGGAGAUCUUGGCAACUUGAGCAGUGCUCUGUACAAUGGUUCUCAAUGGAUACCGUACCUCACUGUUGCAUCGGAAAAUGGUUCUACGGAUGCAUUGCAGAGCGUGUUCUUCAAGUCUUAUUACCCUCACCUAAACCCAGACUCUUAUCUCCCUGCACCUAUUGUUGUAUUGGUUUCUGUCGCAUCUGCACUCGGUAUCGUUUUCGUGGUUGUCCUCUUUGCUAUGGGUGUGCUCUUCGCCAAACGACGUCGCGAAGCCAAAGUUAACCCGGCUGCAAACCCAGCAACUUAUUACGGCAAACCACCUCGUCGGCCUGAAUCAUUGCUUGCCAUGCUCAACUCGAGUGAUGCGAUGGCUCCCACAGCAAGUGCUGGAGGUGCCGCUUUUGGCGGUGCUGCCAUGUUUGAAGCUACAAAGGAUCGAAGCAUGAGUGAUAACGCUUACGAAACCCACGCGCUUCCUUCAUCGAACAUGAUGAACACCGGCAGCACUCGACCCGAAAUGACAGAAACACCGUCAUCUGGUUUUAACACAACAGCAGCGCUUGGUGGCAUUGCCGCUGCCACAGCUGCAGCUAAUUCACGUGGUAUCAACAAUGAUCAAAGCAUACAGACGGUACAGCAACAGCAGCAAAGUUACUUUGACACUGAUCAACAGCAACAACAUCAACCACAGAUGGAAACCUACAACAAUAUUUCUGGAAGAGAAAACACAGCUGAUGCUUCAGGUCUUGCUGGUAUUGGUGCCGCCGCCAUGGGUGGUGCUACAGCAAGAGGUGCAGAUUCACGAAACUCAUAUAAUCCAUUCCGGUCAUCGGCUGUGGGUGUUGCAGUAAGUGACGAUUGUCCUCCUGCCAACAACAAUAGCAACAACGCGCAGUACGCUUCACGAACACCAACGGGCCCAGAAAGCUCUGCAUUCUUGAAUGUUGGCGCACCGGUAGCUGGCACAGCAGCUGCUGCAGCGACCCAAGUUCGGUGGACCAAUGCUCCAGUAGUAGAACCCGCAACAGCUGCCAUUGUUGGGCCUGUAUCAAUGGCAUCCGUCUUGCCCGCACCUUCAGAAACGGAUAAUAACGAUUCUGCCAAUGCUGUACGAUGGACUAAUGUACCCGCCGAUGGGCCAGCAACUGCUGUUGUUGGGCCUGUAUCAAUGUAUUCUACUGCCUCCAACCUUGUACCUGAUCGCGAUUCGGCAUCCAACUUCCGAUGGACCAACGCAGGCGGUGAUGCGGAUGCUGCUAUGGCAACAGCAUUUAUUGCCCCUGUGGCUGCAGGUAGUAAUCGAGAAAGUGAGAUGCGCGACACAACACAGCAAUACCAGCAAGCACUACGGAAUAUGCCAGCAGACCCAUCAGCAACAGCUACCGUUGAAUCGGAUGACGAUCCUUCGCGGGUUCGAUGGACAAACUAUACGACGAACUCAGUCCAAGGUGUUGCGGCUCUCAGACCUGUCACUGCCAUUUCCAUGUAUUCUGAUGUGUCCUCUGUCUAUGGUCCAUCCCAAGAUCACAGUGGCGGCAGCGGAAACAACAGCAACAACAGCAACAGCAAUGAUGAUGUCUUUGGCCCCGUACGACCAUCCUUGUUGGCCGAUUUUUCAUCAGAUCCAGAUAUUGUUCGAUGGACUACGGCACCGAAUUCCGAUACUGCUAAAGCCACAGCCAUUGUGGCCGACCUGCCACAAGCCGGUGUCACGAAUUCGACACUGAUAGACACAUCUGGUAACGACAACAGAAACAGCGGUGGUAGUAACAGUAGCAGGCUUGCCAUGCGUCAAUACGAAGCUGGACUUGAUUUGGCAUCACUUGGUGAAAUGGAAGAUAAUGAAGACAAGUACACUGGCAUCAUGACGAACGAACGGUCCAUGUCCAACGAUGGAUCGAAUAAUGUUGCUGUGGCCACAGCAGAAGCGGCAUCGGAUGCACGUGCAAUGGGUACCGGUAUAGGAGCAGCAGCAGGUGCAACAAUAGCAACAGUAGCGUCGAGCCCGUCUAACAAGGAUCAGUCUACGCCUGUCGAUAAUACCCACGACAAUAAUCCGAAAGAAGAAGAUCCAGGGACUGUCGAUAGCACAAACAUGUUCAAGACUAGUUCUUUCCGAUGGUCUGAGACGCCGUCAUUGCCUGCGAUCGAUACCAACUUCAACAUUGGCGCUGAUGGCGCUGACAAUAGUAAAAAUCAUGCGCUUUCGCCAUUAUCUCAAAGUCCAGGCGAGCCACCUAUGCGAUGGAAGGAGACACAUACCGGCUCGCCUAUUGAGGGCCACGCACCUCAAGUUACCGAAGCAUCUGCUGCUACGGUGACCAUCACGGGCCCAGAUGGCAACGAAAUCAAGGAUAACGCUGAUAUUACGAAUGACAAUAUGAAGGAUGAAGCGGCCGAAUUAGCGGCAGCUGCUGCUGCUGCUUCUGCAAGUGGUAGUGGAGCAAAGAACAUCCCACCUACUGGUGCACUUGAUGGCCGUGCCGCAUCCAAGCGUAUGGUCCAGGACUACUUUUCUUCCCGCGAACCAGCACAGGCGAAGGAAAGCGAUGACAAGCCGAAAUAUCACAAGGACUUCCAAGCUGCCAUGAACGCUGCAAUGGAGAACAAUCGUGGCGACUUGCCAUGUAGCGAAGACCAUCCACACCUGUACUAUGCAAAGUUUGACUUUAAUGCUCGUGAACACGGUGAGCUUGGUUUUGACAAGGGCGAUCCGAUUAUUGUUGUGGAUCGAAGCGAUGAUAUUUGGUGGAUGGGAUACAAGGAUAACGGCGAUGCUGGCCCAAUGCAAGGUGUAUUCCCUAGUAAUUACGUAGAAAGAGCUUCUACAUUAUAAUACAUGUAGCCACUGCACAACAUCCUCCUUCUUUUUAUUUUCACUUUCCUGUUUUCUCCCGAUAACACCAUAGUAACUUUUUCAAAAUAGUAUUUAACUCUUCUUUUCUUUACCUUACUAUAUAUAAAACUACCUCCCCUAUCAUCUUCCACAUCCUCACGUUCACAUUCGAUUGUUAAUGACCAUCCCUUUGCCUAUUGCUUAUUUUCUAAAGGGUCUUCCUCUCUUCCCAACCUUCCAUCAAUUGUUGUUACUUUUUCUCGUUUUCUUUCAAUCUUUUUAUACAUAUUUUUAUAUAUAGUAUAUUAUAUACAAAUUCAAUU